AAAUUCAUAGUUUUCUCUCUGAUCGAUGACUACUACUGAUAUUUUUUUCUCUAGUUAUAGCUUAUGAUUGAUAAAUGCACUGGGUUCUUUCACUUUUAUUGUGUGGAAAAGAGAAAGCACACAGCCAUCUGCCUCUCAGAGUAGACGGCCGUAUCUUAAUCCAGAUUAUGGCUGCACCAUAAACGUUUUUUUUUUUUUUUUUUUGGUCCCCCUGGCCGCCAUUUCUAGUGAACAGUGUGUCCUUGAUAACAGACAGGCAGGUCGGUUAGCCUAGCUCCAAUUAGACCACCAACAAUCCAUCUGAGGGACGUCUCUACUGGAAACUAUAAGGAGUUUAACCAAAAGAGUUCAAGGAAUCACAAUUUGACGUCAAGCUAGAGACUCCAACGGGGUAAAUAAUGGCGUUUUUAAUCAAAAGUAUGGUUGGGAACCCACUGAAGGGAAUGGGACUUGGAGGAGGAGAGGCAAAGGCUGAGGAGGAGACCCCCAAGGACCCCGCAGCGGCCGCCGGCAUGACUAGAGAAGAAUAUGAGGAGUACCAGAAACAAGUAGUGGAGGAAAAAAUGGAACGAGAUGCAGAUUUCUUACACAAGAAAGCAGAGAGGGCGACUCUGAGAGUUUGUCUACGAGAAAAAUACCGGCUUCCUAAAAGUGAGCAGGACGAUAACAUGCUCCAGAUGGCAGGAGAUGAUGUAGAUGUUCCCGAGGAGCUGCUGAAGAUGGUGGAUGAGGACGCCACAGAGGAGGAGGAGAAGGACUCCAUCCUGGGGCAGAUGCAGAACUUACAGAACAUGGACAUGGAUCAGAUAAAAGAGAAAGCCAGCGCUACACUGACGGAGAUGAAGUCCAAGGCUGAGGAGAAGUGUUCUGUCAUGUAAUGAUUUAGCAAAUUCACACAUUUUACAAUCCAGGUCUGCGUAUCCCAAAAGCAUCGCAAU